AUGGUCGUGAUGCGAAUGCAGAACGUGAGUAAGGAACUCACGGAAUUGCGGGACGCAGAUGCGCCACAGUCCAUGAACGCGGAUGUGCAGGCAAGGCUCUACGUAGCGAAAGGUGUUAGGAAGACCGGGACGGCGAGACAAGGCGUCGGCAACUUGAUUGCGCGCGCCUUGAACAUACGUGAUGUGCAAAUCCGGGAACUCCGCAAGAAAGUCUAA